ACUGGGAAAAUAUUGGGGGAGAGGAGGAACAAAACAAAAAAAGGAAGAAGAAGAUGAAAAAGCUUCUGCUUUGUUCAAGUAGAGUAGCUCUCAAUGUGCAUCCCCACUUAACUCCUUCACUGCACAGUGAAGCUCUGAGUGAGGGGAGUAGCUCUCAAAGUGCAUGCCCACUUACUUAACUCCUUCAAUGCCCAGUGGUCUCAAGUCCUCUCUCUCUCCUCUUCCUCAUCAUCAUCUCCCUCUGUCUCUAUCUUUCUUCAAGAGCUCCUCUUUCUCUGAGUCUCAGCAUUUCAAUCUCCUUCAACUUUUAGCCAGAGAGAGACAGUUACAUAACUGAGCCCGCCCCUCUUCUCUCCCUCGCCAAGAGUUUGGAAUUGUCAACAUUUACCACAUGUGGGCAAGCGAGCUUGAUUGUCUUCUCUCUUGGUUGCUUCACUUGCUCCAAAAUAAACCAAGACUAUAGUCUCUAUACUAUAGCAGUUUCUUCUUCUGUCUGUGAAGACCGAGUGGUUCUUCCCCUAAAACCCUCAUUUGGCCAUCCAAUUCCAAACUCAGUGACUACCGAGGAAGGACAAAACCAAGAACUAAAAACAAGGACGAAUCCCCCAAGAAAGCAAAGAGAGUACCGUGUUCACUAGAUAAAAUGAUCGAGUCGUCCAACUCGGACCGCGAAACAAGCUCCAACUCGCUCUCUUCCCCACCAUCCUCCCCUUCCUCGCCCACAGGGUGGACUGACUCCUCCCUCAACUCAGCCCCUAAGCCCACCGGCGACCAGAAUUCUGCCGACCUGCCAGCCGAAUCCGAUAAGAAGAUCAAGCGCCUCCGCGACUCGGGCAAGCACCCGGUGUAUCGCGGCGUGCGCAUGAGGAACUGGGGCAAAUGGGUCUCCGAGAUCCGCGAGCCGCGGAAGAAAUCCCGCAUUUGGCUCGGGACGUUCCCGACGCCGGAGAUGGCAGCUCGUGCCCACGACGUGGCCGCCCUGAGCAUCAAAGGCAGCUCGGCGAUCCUCAAUUUCCCCGAACUCGCCAGCUUGCUGCCUCGGCCCAUCUCGCUAAGCCCGCGCGACGUGCAAGCGGCGGCGACAAAAGCAGCCCAGAUGGAUAAAUUCGAUACAAUCACCACAUCAACGGCGUCGUCAUCCUCGUCAACAAGUCCGUUGUCAUCACUAGUCUCGGCGAUGGAUCUAUCUGAGACAUCGGAGGAGCUGAGCGAGAUCAUCGAGUUGCCUAGUCUCGGGACGAGUUACGAGUUGACGAGGCCGAGCAGCGAGUUCGUGCUCAUCGACUCGGUGGACGGGUGGCUUUAUCAUCCACCGUGGCUGGGGGCAAGCUUUGAUGAUGAGUGUGGUUAUGUGGGUGGGUGAUCCAAUGCCAGUGCCAGAGAGAUUGAUACAUGAUGAAUCUGCAGGCUUGUUGUGAGAUAAUUAUCAGUACUGGUAUGAAAUUUGUGAAUUAUCUGUCCAUGUAAAUCAUGUGCUUUGACUUAUUUACCUUUUUUCAAUUUGUGUCGAUCUUCUCCUCUAAGUGCUCAGUCAUGUAAAGCCCUUCUUGUUUUUCUUCCAAGGGCUUGUGUUGGACUCCGUUCACAAUAUGAUAAACUCGGCCAAUCAAAACAUGCAAUAAUCACACGAUGUAUUUGAUUAUAUGACUAACUUUGUUCAUGCUCAAACUGUUUUUGGCCGAGUUUAUUUGACUCUCUGUAUGUAAUUAACUUCUUAAUCAGUUCCUUCUUCUAUGUUAUUAA